CCUUUUCCACAGGUGAUGAUGACAGACUACUGUUGAUUUUAAUCUGUUCUCUGCUCUACCGUGCGAGGUGACGACAGAACCAACAUGUCGAAAAUAUUCUGUAGAAGGAUUUCUAUUAUUUUCUUAGUCGCAAUAGUUAUAAAUCACGUGACUUCUCAGUUUACGAGUUCUCGUAUUGGAUCCUCUAGACGCGACUCUACGAGACCUGUAUUCUCAUUUGCCGGAAAUUCCGAGACGGCUGACCAAUCGAGACGAGAAAUCACAGGCGAAACUUCAUUUGGAGGAAGACAAACCUGGCGCGGAAAUACUCAGAAUAUGAGAACUGGCUUUCCAGAGAACAACUGGAAUAGAAACGAAAACACUGCAGACAGAAGGACUGUAAAUUUUGUCAAUGUGCAAUCAAACCGUGGAGAUCAGAUAGACAGGACGCCUAGCAGAUUUAGUGCCAACAACAUAAAACGAGAUGCAAUGUCUGUUAUUGAGUUGAACAACGAGCGCAUACGUAGAUUAGAAGCUGAUAGAAGAAGAAUAAUUGAACAAAAUAUUCGAGAAAAAUACCAAAAGAACGAUUUCUUGAAUACACGAGGUUUGAUUUCCGGUGUACGUCUCCCAACGAGAUCUCAAAUCAUGUCACGUGACUCAACACGAUCCAAUCAAAAUCAAGCAUUCAUGUCACCCGACUCCCCAUCUUCGAAUCAAAAUAGACAAACAGCGUUUGCUAGGCGGAAUUCUCCUCGGCCUGUCGUAACACUCGAUUCAAGUCCCCCGAGUGACCGAGACACGGCACGUUCUAGGAUGUCAACUGACCGCCAGUCCGCACGUGAUCAGCUGGAGAGAGUUUCCGUGCCGAGGUCAGAGGGAGCAAAUAAUUACCUCAAACAGCUACUGUACAGAAUCCUAAAUAGAGUGGACAAAAAUUGAUUUGUUUUAAACUUUACUCCGUGUUUAUUUAUAUUUUAAGUUUUGUCCUGUGAAACCGUUGAAGAAAUUUUAAUGAUACUUGUAUAUAUGUACCUGCAUGUAUCUAUGCUCAAACUUUUGUAAAAUGAACAAUGAAUUAUUAUCAAUGUC